AUUUUCAUUUAUCGUAAAACACGACACGAACAAGAGUGCAAACGAAAAAAGAAUUUUCUUUAAAAAACGGUUAUAACGUUGCAAAAAUAAAUAAUUUUUUUUUUUAAAUAAAAACAAUUAAAAUAACGUUUUGAUAACGAGAAAAAACUUAUUAACAAUGUGAAUUUUAAAUAAAUAAAAAAAACCAAAAACGACAAAAGAAAAUUUGCUGAAAAAAAUUGUAAAGAAAAAUACAGAAAAUAUUGUAUGUAGACCUACGACACAAACGUAUUUGAGCAAAAAAAAAAAGUCACAAAUAGAGAGCAGUUUAGGAAAUUUUUCUAAAAUAAGCAAAAAUACUUAUUGAAAAUUGUUUAAACAAAUUCCAUAAAUUUUGAAGUGAAAAGUUGAAAAAACUCAUUAAAUAUUUGUGUUUUAUUACAUUGAACUUGAAAUUACACAAAAAAAAAAAAAAAACAGAAAUCCCAAAGUGAAAAUUUAUUAAUCAUCCAUCCUUUUAACACUCAGCAAAAGAAAAAAACUAGAAAAGACGGUCAUAGCUAGGGGAGCAAAUUAAAGGAAAAAAAAAACACAAACGAAUGAUUCAUACUUGUCAUUUGUAAAAAAAAAAACAGAAACACUCAUAUAAAAUAUAUUACUACAAUAUUUAGUCCUUUACAGAACACGAAUAAAAAUACACACUCAUACUCCAACAGAAAUCCUUUCAAAGUCAUUUGUUGUUUUACUUGGCACACUGUACAUUAGAGAACAUCACAGACAAGAGAGUGAAGUAGUUGUGUGUGUUUUACCAUUUGUUACUUUUGCUUACUCCCUGCUAUAGAGUGAGAGAGCGAAAGAGAACGCGAGCGAAUACAAAAACCUAACAUACUUAAAGGCAUAAUAUCGAUUUCAUUUUGAAGUGAAGUUUUUUUUUCCAUAUAUCGAUACGAAAGGAAAAACAACAAAUAGAAAAAAUUUUGCACGUAUUGUAGUGUUUGGCAAAGAACUAAAGGAAAAUUACUCCAACCCAUUUUACUACGACGCAUUUAAAAAAAUAAUUUAUUUUUAGCCAAACGAAAAAAAAAGUCCCUUUUGAAAAGGAUAAAGCCGUUUUUAUUUGUUAACAAACAAAAUGGGCGAAGAAUACAGCCCAGAUAUCAGCGCCAUGUCAACAAUACUUCCAGCUAUUUUGGGUCUCAUAUCAGCAGGUGCCCUCUGGGCAGUUGCUUGUAUAUGUGCCCGUCAGAUGCGCGCUCGCAAUCGUAAACAAAAUCAACAUGAUUCAACAUUUCCCUUUCAACCAACACGUCGUCCGACAGCUGUUCGUUCGCCUAGUGGUCAACCACCCCACUACUUGAAGAAAUCACCAUCACCAACUGGCACCAAACAAUUGGGCAUAUUGCAGCCAAUGCAGGAACAAACCGCCACAUCACCCAUUUCACCGCAAACGGUUAAAUAUAUGGAAGAGGAUGAAACGAAAUCAUCGAAACUUAACAAAUAUAAUGGCACAGAAAAACUUUCACCCAUGGAAGCCAAGUUAAGUCCUACCGGUAGUGGUGGUAGUAAUGGUAUGUCCGGUAAUGGCGCCAAGGGUGGUAAUAGCAAUCAGGUGUCGGUGAUGCAAGAAUCCGUAGUGAGCAACAUGAGUGUAAGUGAAAUGAAUAUGGAGCAAUAUGGCAAAUUGGGUUCGAUAUUCUUUAAAUUGCGUUAUUUGGGUGAGCGUAAUGCUUUGAUGGUCUCCAUAAUACGCUGUCGUGGUUUACCCUGCAAGAGUGGUAGUGGAAAUAAUGGAGGUAAUUCUUCAAAUGGCAACAAAUCUAAUGAUAUACCAGCUGGUAUGAAUGGUCGUACUCAAUCGGCUACUGAUCCCUAUGUUAAGUUGCAAUUGUUGCCCGAUAAACAGCACAAGGUCAAAACCCGUGUUGUACGCAAUACCCGUAAUCCAGUCUACGACGAGGACUUCACUUUCUAUGGCUUAAACAUUAAUGAUCUACAGAAUAUGUCUUUGCAUUUCGUCAUAUUGAGCUUUGAUCGUUAUUCACGUGAUGAUGUUAUUGGUGAAGUAGUGUGUCCUCUUUCCUCUAUUGAAAUUGGCGAUAUUUCGAAAGAAGCCUUGUCGAUUAGCAAGGAAAUUCAACCACGCAGUUUGAAGAUACGUGCCCAAGGACGUGGUGAAUUAUUGAUUUCAUUGUGUUGGCAACCAGCUGCCGGACGUUUGACUGUUGUAUUAUUGAAGGCUCGCAAUUUGCCACGUAUGGAUGUAACCGGUCUGGCUGAUCCUUAUGUUAAAAUCUAUUUACUGUACAAUGGUCAGCGCAUUGCUAAGAAGAAGACACACGUUAAGAAGCGUACACUGAGUCCAGUUUUUAAUGAAAGUUUUGCUUUCGAUAUACCAGCAGCUGAGGGCUCUGGAGCUACUUUAGAUGGUGUGUCACUUGAAUUAAUGUUACUCGACUGGGAUCGUGUUACCAAAAAUGAGGUAAUCGGACGACUUGAAUUGGGAGGACCAAAUUCAAAUGGCACAGCUCUUAAUCAUUGGAAUGAAGUGUGCAAUUCACCAAGAAGACAAAUUGCUGAAUGGCAUAAAUUAAAUGAGUAAAUUUAGCUGAACGAUAUAUAAGAGCUGAAAGAGAGUAAAACAGUUACAGCUAAAAGAGAGGGAUACAGAAAUAGAGAACAGGAUUUCAAAUCGAAACAAAGAAAUAUUAGAGAAAAUAUAUAAACGUAAUAUAUAAGUAUAAACGAUAUAAAUUAAAUUAUAAACAAAAUUAAUUUAAGAUUGAGAGAGUAAACAAAAAAAUAACAAGAUUAUUAAACAAACUAAAUUAAAUCUUUUACACAAAUAUAAAAAAAAAACCAAAACAAAUACUAUAGAUAAAACACAAACAGGAAAUCUUUAACAAAAAACUCUAAAAAACA